UGGGCGCACAUUGACAUUAGGCUGCUGCUGCCAUUCCUUCCUCUUUCCCCUCCUUCCACAUCCCAGUCUUCUCCACCCACGCCACCAAACCCCCGAGAUCACGCGAGCUAUAUAUACUGCAUAUUCUCCCGGCCCUGCAAAGCGAGGCCUCUAUUACUUACUGAUAUCCCCGCCGAAAUCAAGAUGGGGCUGCGGACCUGCGGCGCCAUGGAAGGCGAGCACGUUGUCGCCUCGCCUUUCUUCGAGUGGUUGAAGCCGCCGCCGGCGUCGCCGUCCUCGUCGAGAUCGUCGUCGACUUUCUCGUCCUCCUCGUCGUCUAUGGCGUCUGGGCACCAAGAGGAUCGCAGCAGCGUGGCAUGCUUGCCCCUGCUCCGCAUGCUCGAGGAGGGGAAGGGGGCUGGUGGUGACCAUGAUCACCCUGCACCUCCAGUCAAGGAAGAGAUCAUGGGCAGCGGCGCGGCCGAGGUGCUGGGGCCUGGCGUGGAUCUGAAUAUCGGCUUGCCGGUUGGUGGAUCUUGCGAUGAUGACAUCAUGGAGGAGGAGAGCCAGGAGGAAGAUGAUGACCACGACUGUGACGAAGAGGAGGAGGAAGAGAUGGAUGAGUUGGAACCUAACCAUGGCGGUUGCAAGGUGGAGGCAGAGGAGAAAGAGAAGCACGGCGAGCCGGUGGUCUCGGUGGAAGGAUCAAACAGCGUCAGCAUGCCGGAAUUCGGCGUGCUCGGAGCAGAGAGCGGCGUGCCCAUGAGCUGCGGGUACUGGAUCCCGACGCCGGCGCAGAUCCUCGUCGGCCCGGUGCAGUUUGUCUGCCAUGUCUGUAACAAGAGCUUCAACAGAUACAAUAACAUGCAGAUGCACAUGUGGGGCCACGGGCGCGAGUACCGCAAGGGCCCGGAGUCGCUCAAGGGCACGCAGACGCUGGCGCUCCUGAAGCUGCCGUGCUACUGCUGCGCCGCCGGGUGCCGGAACAGCGUGGCCCACCCGCGCGCGCGGCCGCUCAAGGACUUCCGCACCCUGCAGACGCACUACAAGCGCAAGCACGGCGCCAGGCCCUUCCGCUGCCGCCGCUGCGCCAAGCCCUUCGCCGUCAAGGGCGACUGGCGCACGCACGAGAAGAACUGCGGCAAGCGCUGGUUCUGCGCCUGCGGCUCCGACUUCAAGCACAAGCGCUCGCUCAACGACCACGUCCGCUCAUUCGGCGGCGACCACCUCCCCGUCGCCCUCGACGGCGCCCCCGCCCCCGCCCCCGCCCCCGUCGAGGACCGCCGCAUCAUACGCUUCCAACGGUGAGAUCGUACGUCGACCGAGCUAGCUGAUCGUACUACAUAGAUCAUAUAUAUGCAUGCAUGCAUGCAGUGCAUGCUAGGGUGCAUGCAGGAGGAGCAACGAGGUAAGUGAUAGCGCAAUAAGGGGGUUCUCGACCAGUUGCUAAAAGCUGUGAAGUAGCUGAAUUUUCUUCAGCCGGACUGUGGGAGCUGCAGGCAGUGCUAUUAGCUAGGCUGUCAAUGCAGCUUUGUAAUGGAGAAAAUUUAUCAGCUUCACAGGCUAACUAAACUGGUAUUUGGACCUAGUACUGUAUACAUAGCAUUUUGAACAUGAGACAUAGCAAUUUAUGAGUACGUACAGAACGUUUAUUGCCUACUGUAAUCGCUGAAGUUUUUGAAAUUUUCAUUACUGCCAUCCCCUGUCUGUUAA